GUUUCUACGCGCAGGUGCAGCUUUCCUCUCGUCCGCUCAGGCAGAGUAACAUUCACUUACACCAAACGGCUCUUAUCAGCGCCGCUAAAGCGUGACGCCAGGGUUUCGAGGUCGAAGUGCAAGGUAAAAAAAAGAAUAAAUAAACAAAUAAAUAAACUAGAGCAAAAGAAACCAACCCACAGUCUGUUUGUUACCGAGAGCGUGGAUGAAGACUGUUCGAGUCGUCGACUUUUUCCACUGAGGAGGCAAAUAUAUAUAUUUUAGUCCUGCUCGCUCAUUCCACACAGAGGAGCUGACCUGCUCAGCAGCGCGGAGCUCCCGGGAACAAACUUAAUACAAAGAGUCGCUCGAGAAGCACUUCGUCUGUAAAUACCGUGGUUUAUUCCGGAGGACUCGGAGAAACGAGGACAUUGACCAGAAGGAGAAGAAGGACAGGCGGACUUGUAGUGCUGAGACAUGGAGAGCCGAAGUUGGGAGAAACUUGCCUUUUUGCUGGCUUUGCUGAAUCUGCAGUGCUUUUGCCCAGGAUUUUUGGCCGAGCUUCAGUUGCCCCAGACGAAUGUGGUGGCGAUUCAGGGGCAGAAUUUAGUCCUCCAGGCCAUAUACACAGGAGAUGUCCUCACCUCAGGCACCAUUGUCUGGAACUACUUUGCUACUUCAUCUGAAAGAAUUACUGACUUUAUAACUGUCACCAUUCCUCAUGCGCCUGUCAUCAACCCUGCAUAUGUAGGCAGAGUGGGGUUUGUCUAUAAAAUGCCCAAUAACAACAUGUCGAUUUACCUCAAUAACGUGGUUGAGUCUGAUUCUGGACGAUAUGUGUGCCAGUUGGUACUGCCCAAUAUUUCUGUACCUCCAAAGGAGCUGACACUUGAUGUGACAGUUCCUCCUUCUAUGCCCGUUUGCGAGCUGCAAGGAACGCCAGAAGUCAAAUCCAAUGUCACACUCACCUGCAAGAGCUCUGGCAAACCUGCACCGAAGUACAAAUGGUCCAGAACCAGCCCCACCUCUGAGAUUUUCUUCUCCCCCGCUCUCAAUGAGGUUACAGGCAUCCUCAAGCUGAAUAACCUGAGUACCAACAUGUCUGGGAAGUACGAGUGUACAGCAUCAAACUCUGCAGGAGUUGCCAAGUGUUACAUUAACCUGGAGGUCAUCACUUCAUCUAAGGCUGGGGUGAUAGCUGGUGCCACAAUAGGUGUUUUGUUGGGUCUCAUCCUCAUUAUCCUUGCCAUCAUUUUCUUCUGGGGACGGAGAAAGAAGGAGACAGAGGACGAUUUGGCCAACGAUAUCAAGGAGGACGCUCAGGCUCCUAAACGCGUCUCAUGGGCCAGGAGUGGCACAGGCUCUGAAAUCAUCUCUAAAAAUGGCACACUGUCAUCUGUUCGCUCCAGCCCUCUACCUCUAGACACACACGACAACCAUCACCAUCAAUACCCUAUCACAUAUCCCACUUCUGACACCGCCUCUAUCAUCACAAGCAGCACAAGCUACCGGCCCCAACCCGCAGGCAUCUCCAGCACCCCAGAACACACUCUGCCCGGCUACAACAACAAUGUCUCGGUACUAAGCAAUCCCCCUGCACCCAUCAGCUCCAAUGGAGGCUCCCUACCCAGGACUGGAGCCCUUCAGCCCCCGACCUCACGCUAUGUUCCUACCCCAAGCGGAGUGAGCGCCGCCAACCUCUCCCGCAUGGGAGGCGUGCCCAUUAUGGUUCCUGCACAGAACCAAGCUGGUUCUCUCGUCUAAGGCUGAGGUUUAUUAGCUAUGUAGAGUGCCCCCUGCUGGAACUUACACUGGAAAUGACUGAAUGUGGAAGUGAAUUUAUUAAAACGAAGAGCUUUAGAGUUUUUUCACUGACUGUCCUGAAAAUGUGCAGCAUGUAAUGUUACCUUAUUUACAUAAUUGACUUUUUUAAUGUUUAUAUAUAUUCAAUCAUUCUUUUGAAUACAUGUUCUAUUUAACACAUUCAUUAUCUUUUUUUUGUACAAUGUUUUUCAGGAAAUUUACAGGUAGUCUGACACACAUUACUCUUCAUUGUUAGCUAGAGUGACUUUUUCCAUUUUUUGUUAAAUAUGAUAAAACGUCUUGAUAGAAUUGUAGGUCUAGUGUACAUUAUUUACAUUUUUAUGUUUCUUUUUCCCUAUCACAAACUUGUACAUACCCAUCAGCUAAACCAGAGAAAUAAAAGAACUUAAAUGCCAGUUUUUGGACUAAGUCCAGAGAAAGAGUCUACUGUAUCUAAGUGUACUAUGGAAAAAUACAUGCAGAGAAAAAGAUUGUAGCAUUUUUUUAUUUUUUUUUUUUGGAAAUGUAGCUGUCAGUCUUUUUUAGUGCAGACUUUUGAAUUUUGUAUACACAAGUAUUAAUGUAAUUAGUUUGCCUGUUAUUUUGAUGCUGUGGAGCAGAUAUAGUAGUGAUGUAUAAUAUCCAGGUGAUGGAUUUAAAACUCUAUUCUAACUGAAAUUAAGAUUUUAUUUAAAGCAUUGGACUGUAUAUUAAAAGGAAUUAUAACUGUAUAUUAUAGUAAUUAAUUUGGGGAAUAAUUAUAUCUGAGACAGGCAUGUUGUAGUGGAUUUAUUGUAAAAGUGAAACUAUUUUUUACUCAAAAUAUUUGUCAAUAAACCUGGGUUUUGGCA